CUUCUCUUACUCUUUCUAGACUUAUCUAGCUUUCCUUCUCGUUCCAAAAUCCCAACUAUAUAUAUACUUUAAUCAACCAUUCCCUUCUCGUCAAGAAACAAAAACUCAAAAGCCAGAAGAAAACUAGAUCAAGACAACGAAACAGAAUUCAAGAACGAUGAUGUCGAUCUUUAGCCCUUUCGAAGCUCUUUACGCUGAAUCAAACGGCUUCAAGAUGAAACUCCUAGGUGGCCAGAAACAGAGCUCUGGUGAUAGUCAGUCGCCGGGGGCAGAGCAGCAGAAGAACUACGGGAGGCUUCCGGUUUCAUCAGACAAUGAAGAAAGUAAGAAGGAGAAGAAGAUCCAACCGGUGAGGAUAGCUCCAGAGCUAGACGGUGUUCAUUGUUUUGAAACAAUAUUUCCUUUUUGAUGAUCAUAAUCCAAAAGAAAAAGUUAAUACUUUUCUAUUUUUAUUGAUUAUUUGUAAAAAAAAAAAUUAUCUCCUCUUGUAUAAAGAUUAAUCAUAACUAAUCUUGAAUAAUCUAAAAUUUGGAUUAUUUAUUUUCAAUC